CUUGCAAAUCUAAGAUCUCUUUUCAAUGACGCAGAGCUGAGCUGUGUUACUACCUAGGUACCACCAUGCGGCCAUCUGCCGGCAUGAUGAGCCCACCCUAUUCGGGGGACAUAUCGAACGCCCGCCCUUAGAGGACACAACCAAAGCCAAUCGUCCAAGACUCUACAUUGCGUUAGGAUUCUGCUAAUAUCCGCUUUCCAUGCUAAUGUAGGCUGCACGGCGCCUGUCUCGUGUGUUUGUUGAACAGGGUGAGCUAUACGCAAUCUCGAGUAAGCCGGCUGUGUCCCCAAGACGCACAUCUCAGCCUUCCUAGUCUUGUCAGCCAUGAACUCAUGGAUCUGACUUCUAUCUCCUUCCCGCGCACGACUGAUAUUCGGACUGACCGAGUGAACUCGGCUACUGCUCCGAAAGCAUACCAUGGCGGAUCCUCUCAGCAUCGCAGGUUCCGCAGUAGGCAUCACUGCAGCUGGGAUACAAGCCUCCGUAAAGCUGUACGCACUCGCCGAAAAGGUUGCGACGGCCAGCCAGCGAGUCACAAGUAUCGCGGACGACAUUAGCAGCACAUGCGCCAUUCUCAACCAAGUGCGCGAACUCAUCAUACCUCAGCCUGAUGCGCAAGGCACGCUGAAAUCGGUCUUCAACUCCGUCGCUCUCAACGACAUCUCGCAUGCUCUUCGCCGCUGCAGGUCUUCCUUUACGGAAAUCGAGAUUCUUCUGCGUCGCGCGUUCGAGCAAGUGGGGAAACGACCCGCCCUGCGCUCAAAGAUUGAGCUCUCUCGGUUCGAAAAGGCAAAAUGGCCGUUCUUGCAACCACAGUUCGACGAACUCCGCAACGAUUUGCGAGAUGCGAAAGGAAACCUUGUCUUGAUGAUUGCUGUGGCAAGUCUUGCUCUUGCACAGAGGGACGGACGACAACGACCGAUCCAUGAGACGGAGAGGCUAGAAUUUACGUCUACGAUUGUACAACUGCAACGAGCACGUCCCAUCUCAGCGCAUCACCGCGACACUUCUCAGGCCUCUCGAGAUGGUCUUCAAGGUCGAUCAAAUGCGGCAAUCGGGAGCUCAAACAUCGAAUUAGGCAACAUAAUGGGGUCAGGACCAAGUCGUAGCAUAUCCACGAGAAGCGUGCCCAAAAACGGGAGUGAGCACUCGGCGAAUGCGGACCCGCUCAUCCCAGAGCCAGUCGCUCUAUCUGUAUCAACUCACAGUGAUAGAACGAUUGGGCUCUCUCCUAAUCAGGGUACCUCAACCGUUGCAGACAAUUCUGGGCAGUCUGCCGAUGACAAUGUACCGAAAGAACGGACGGUAUCAGAUCAAUCGAGCCCACGUACACAGACAACAGAAAGCGCUACAAUUACACCGCCUCCCGAACGGAAGGAUCCAGUUCUAGCCCCGAAUGCGUCCACGUCAGAACUGAGCACCUCAUUCAAGACUAGAGCAUCAAUGAGCCACCCGCCGCCGCCACCGCCGCCGCCACCACCUCCUCCUAACUAUUCUCCUCCUAAUCGUCCUCCUCCUACGUAUCCCCUUUCUGGUAGUUUCCCUCCUCAUCAUCCUUAUGGCCCUCCACCCACAUCAUCAACAACUUGGCUGCCUCCUGUAUCUGCUACAAUUCAUCCAGUAAGACCCAGCUGCUACGCUGGAUGGACAACCAAGCAUCUCCAAGGCCUCACAGUGGGGCGUGGGCUCCCUUUAUCGUUGAAACCUAUUGAGUUACCCGACAAGUCUUUUCAGAAGCUCGUCAAAACAUACACCGAUGAGGGUCAUGAUGCACAUAUCGCGAUGUUGGAGCUUACCAUAGAGCAGCAAGCGCUGAUCAAAAUCACAUUCCCUCCUCGUCAUACUGUGGAGGUGGUUUAUGUUCGUGUGCAGCAUACUGCCACUGUUUCCAGUGUAUUUGGCAUGUUAAAUGUUGAGACGUUGAGAUGGAUCAUCGCCUCCAAGACGCCUUUCUUUCCACUCUCCGGUGGACCAGCACCGCCACCACCACCACCAGGUCAAUCUGCUCCUCCUAGGCCUCAGCAGCAACAAAUGCAGCCCCGGCAACGCAUGCCUCCGCUGAACCAGAUGCCGGUCCAGCAAAGCCCACUCUCUCAAUCUCUACUACAUAGCCAUGGUCGAGAGCCGACCAUCCUGCACCCCGACCACUUGCGGCACCUAAUAAUACGCCCUAGAGUACGCUCUGGAGUACGCCGAGACGCCCCCGACGAGUCUAGUGAUUCUGAGAGCUGGUCUGAUGGCAGUGGAAGAGACACUGAGCCGGAACCUUAUCAUAGAAGGGUAAAUUCUGCCUCGGCGAGCAUUCCAGCAACACGCCACCGGUACGACGAUGAAGAAGCCCCUUCACAGCCUGCGCAAGAGAACGAGGAGGACAUUGUGAACGAGCUGCUCGCUCGAUGGACGACCUCGUGAUCCAAACUCUUCCUUUCACUUUAUUCCAAAGCAGGAGAAAUACAUAUAAGCCAGGCGCCGACAUCAACUGCAAGUAACCCCAAACUCAUUGUUAUAAACACAUGUAGACAUUAAACCAUAUUUCAGAGUACUAUCGUUUUCUCUACUCCCACAUAUCAAUACACACUUUUCU